AUGGCAACCGAAGAAUCGGUUUUACUCUCAUAUUUCCUUAACAGUGAGCUUGAAAGUAACAUAACUCUUAAACAAUUUACAAACUUGUUUCCUAAGUCUUAUAGAAGAUCUACGAGGGAGAUAGUUCAUCAAAAUACUAUAGAGGAAUGUAAAAAAUUUGAAUUGUGGAAAAAUCGUAAUAUGAUGGAUAUUGAUCUGAAUGAAGACGAUAUGCUAGAUGAGUCGAAUGAUCGUUUAACAUUGAAUCAAGCAAUUGAAAUACUAUCGAUUGCGGAAAAACAGAUAACAGAUGAGAUUAAUGCUAUUGAGUUGGAAUGUAAUGAAUUAUUUCAGGAUAUUCAAAGGAUAAAUGAAGAUAUGAGUGAUUUGAGGUAUGGCAGAAUUGGACCGAAAGGGUUUAAUGAAGCCGAUGUUAUCGAAGAAUUAAAGAAAUUGAUGUCGUCUUGUAAUACUUUAUUAACCUCGUCAGCAUAG